AGUUGAUAGCGAUAAGAUUGAUAGACAUUUUUAAACAUUGUUGUCUCUAUAAGAGUUCUCGAGAAGAGACAGACUUCCUGAGUUCAUUGAGUUGAGCGCAAGUUGUUUUAUAAAUUAAAAAAAAGAAAUAAAAAUUGAACAAUGCUUGGUGCAAAGGUGUCAAUAAAGUACACUAAAUUAUUCAUAAAUAAUGAGUUUGUGGAUUCGGUGAGUGGGAAGAAAUUCGCGAGCAUCAACCCGGUGGAUGAGACGGUGGUCGCGGAAGUCGCGGAAGCACGAAUGGCGGAUAUCGACAAAGCGGUAGCAGCGGCGAAGAAAGCGUUCGCUCGCGGAUCUGAAUGGCGGAGCCUCCAACCCGCGCAAAGAUCCGCGCUUCUGAACAAGCUCGCGGAUUUGGUGGAGCGUCAUGUCCAGGAAAUCGCGAGUAUCAUGACGCUGGAGAACGGAAAGCCUUUUGCUCAUGCAGUGGGUGAAACUCAAAUGGCUGCGGACACUUUCCGGUACUACGCAGGGUGGUGCGACAAGAUCCAAGGCCAAACUAUUCCAACAGACGAUGGAAGCUUGGUGAUGACCAGGAAGGAGCCAGUGGGAGUCGCGGGGCAAAUUACUCCCUGGAAUUUUCCGGUUUUGCUCUAUGCAAUUAAAUUGGGACCCGCUUUGGCUGCUGGGUGUCCAGUGGUUCUUAAACCAGCAGAACAGACUCCGCUAUGUAAUUUGUACCUCGCUGCGCUGACUAAAGAAGCUGGGUUUCCUCCAGGAGUUGUCAAUGUUGUUCCUGGGUUUGGGCCCACUGCGGGAGCCGCUCUUGCUGAACAUCCUGAUGUCGCUAAAAUUUCUUUCACUGGAUCUGUUGAGGUUGGGAAAUUGAUAAUGAAGGCUUCGGGAAAUAGUAAUUUGAAGCGCGUGACUUUGGAACUUGGCGGGAAGAGUCCUUUGGUUAUUUUUGAUGAUGUUAAUGUGGAUAAAGCGGCAAAAAUAGCUCACGAAGCCAUUUUCGCCAACUCCGGUCAAGUUUGUAUCGCAGCAUCCCGAACUUACGUACACUCAAAAAUUUACAACGAGUUUGUUGAAAAAUCCCGAGAAUUGGCAUUGAAAAGAAAAGUAGGAGAUCCUUUUGAUGCAGCUACAGAGCAAGGACCUCAAGUAGAAAAAGAUAUCUUCGACCGAGUUGUAACUUACAUCGAAAUUGGGAAGAAAGAAGGCGCUAGUUUAGUCACAGGUGGCGAGCGAAUAGGAAACAAAGGAUACUUCAUUCAACCAACAAUUUUUGCGAAUGUGACUGAUGACAUGACAAUCGCCAAAGACGAAAUCUUCGGCCCAGUUCAGUCAAUUCUCAAGUUCGACACUUUGGAAGAAGUUAUUGAGCGCGCAAACAAAACUACUUACGGUCUUGCUGCUGGUGUUUUGACCAAUGACAUCACCAAAGCUGUCAAAUUCGCUCAAGCCAUUGAAUCUGGAAGCGUCUGGGUUAAUCAUUACGCUGCUACUACUCUUCAAGCUCCUUUUGGAGGAUAUAAACAAUCUGGAAUUGGCCGUGAACUUGGUCCAGAGGCUUUGGAUAAUUAUUUGGAGACAAAAACUAUUUCUAUCAAGCUUUAAAAUGUCUAAUUCAAAAUUUGGAAUUAAACCAAUAUAUCAAUAAAAU